UACAAAUACUUGUUCUUUUCCCUUGACGCCGUAUCCGGUCGGUCCCGAUUAACAAUUUUGGAUGGCAGAUAUCGUCUCGCAUAAAGCUGCUUUCCGGGAGCAAUCCUUGGUCCCUAAAAUGGUUAAGGUCAGGGUUGCGAUUUCUUUUAAACCGGAGGGGAUUUAGGGCUUUUCGGGGGUUUGGAGCUUUCGGCCAUGGAGAUCCCGGCGAGGGCCAAGAAGAAGAGUAGCACGCGAGAGGGCCAGUUCCGGUAUGCCCUUGACAUGUGCGCCAAGACCGGCGACCUCGCCGGUGCCCUCGCCCUCUACGAGUCCGCCGUCGCCGAGAACCUCCGCCUGUCCGCUUACCACUUUAACUCUCUGCUCCACAUAAUCUCCACGUCCAUCGGGACCUUCGACGAGCCCUCCAAGAAAUCCUCCAUCGACACCAGCUUCGCCAUCUUCGACCGGAUGGCCGCUGACGGCGCCACCCCCACCGAGGCCACCAUAACCUCCAUGGCCCGGAUCGCUGCCCAGAGGCCCGACGAGGGCGCCAACCUCGCAUUCGAUCUGGUCAAGACCAUGGGGGAGCGGUACGGCGCCUCCCCCAGGCUGAGGACCUAUAGUCCGGUGCUCUCCGCCUUUUGCCGGAGAUUGGAGGCCGAUAAGGCGUACGCCGUGGAAUGUCACAUGGUCUCGAUGGGCGUCGUGCCGGAGGAGCCGGAAAUUGCGGCUCUGUUGGAGGUGAGCGCCAAGGUGGGGAGGGAGGAUAAGGUUUAUGGGUAUUUGCACAAGUUGAGAGGCAGUGUCGGAUGUGUGGCUGACUCCACGGCAGAGAUUUUGGAGGGGUGGUUCAGAAGCGAGCGGGCAAUGGAGGUCGAGAGAUCGAAUUGGGAUGCUGGCACGGUAAAAGAUGCGAUUUUGAUGAAUGGGGGUGGCUGGCAUGGGCUCGGAUGGUUGGGGGAGGGGGUAUGGGACAUUCGCCACGCCACUGUAAACUCUGAGGGGGAUUGCUCUGGUUGUGGGCAGAGGUUGGCUUGUGUCGACAUUGAUCGAAUGGAGACAGAGAAGUUUGCGGUAUCUGUGGCUACUUUGGCUCUAGGAAGGGAAAGCAAGUCCAAUUUCAGGACUUUUCAGGAAUGGUUGGAAAAGCACAGUGAGUAUGAAGCUAUAAUUGAUGGGGCAAAUGUUGGGCUUUAUCAGCAGAAUUUUGCAGAUGGUGGAUUCAGUUUGUCUCAGCUAGAUGCUGUUGUACAAGAACUAUUUGAAAGAAGCCAGGGCAGAUGGCCGCUCAUUGUACUGCAUAAAAAGCGUGCUCUAGCACUCAUGGAAAAUCCUUCAAAUCGGCAGAUACUUGAGAAGUGGAGAGCGGAAGGGGCGCUGUACACAACACCAACUGGAUCAAAUGAUGAUUGGUAUUGGCUCUAUGCAGCAGUGAAGCUCAAAUGUUUGCUUGUGACAAAUGAUGAGAUGAGAGAUCAUAUAUUUGAGCUCCUAGGACGCUCCUUUUUCCCCAAAUGGAAAGAGCGUCAUCAACCAGGUUCUUCAAGGAACUCAUUGAGGCCAGUGUUUCUUUUGACAUUUUUAACUGGAUUUUUUGGGGUGAGCUGUUCAUGUUCUGCCUCUGAAAAUUUCUGGAAUGCUCUUCUGUGCAACAGGAGUCGGAUACAGGAUCAUGGCAUGUGCCAUUAGAUGAGAAGUGCGAUAAUGAGAAACUGAGAAAUUGGCUUUGUAUAACUAGACCAGCUUCGCUUGCAAGCUCCAAAGGAGUUUGUCUCGCUGCGGGUCACUCUACCCAAACUUCAGUGGAGCCUCGUCAAAUGACUAGUCCAGCAGAGGAUGUAAAUGGCGAGCAGAAAUUGCCAUCCUCGUUCCAGCCAUGCAAUGAUAGAGCUGUAUGUGUUACAGGUAAGAGGAAGGAUAGACCUUGAUCCUGUUGAAAGCCACUGGCUGAUUAGCUGCUGUUGGAGAACUCAAUCUUCUAUUUCGGUUGAGCGCUGUUUGUUAAAUACUUUGCCCUCUCUGAUUUAUGCUUGUUAUAGAUUUUUAACUUUAUCAUACGAUCGAGGUGGCUGGCUAUUUGUUGGAAGCGAUCCAAGGAUGAUCUGUUGAGAUGUAGCAAGAAUACUCUUCCACUGAACGAUAAAGAUGGGACUUUAGUCUUAUGAUUGAUGGUUGUCUUCUUUUUAACUUUCUUGGAGGGGAAAAUAAAAAUGCCUUCUUUUUGUACUAAAAA